AACCCCCAAUCCCUUAGUCCAGUCUCUGCUGUGUGCUAGCCUGCUCUGCACCCCUAUGAGCGUACACAGUCUUUUCGGGGUCUCCCCCUUGUGCAGGAAGGCUCUACCUGUAACUGUAGAUCCUUCCCUUCUGGUCCUCCUCUGGAUCCUCUGUUGGAAAAACUCCAGUCCAGAGAGUCUCUCUGGCCUUGUGGGCUCCCUUCACUCCAGAUCCUCAGUUGCAGCUCUGCUCCAGAGAUUCCCACCAGCUGCUUGUUCACAGGCCUCCGCGUGCCUCAAGGUCAGUCUCACAGCAUUCCUCAAGGCCCGUUCUGCAGUUUCUGCUUGCCGAGACACUCAGCCACUUCUCUGUCCCUGCGGCCUGCAGGGAACUGACCCCCCUCUGCCCCUCUCCAGGGCCAAAAAUACCUUUGAGUGGCCUACCUUUGCUAAUCCUGAGCAAGAUGCUGCUCCAGAAAUUGGUAAAAUAGACCAGGGCGCUCCAACUUCUGGACAGCUGGGGCCCAGAUGCCAAGUUAGCUGCAGUCUCAGAGCCCAGGACACAGACCAAGAGCUGCUCACUCGUUUCUCUCUCCUCCUGAAGUUUCUGGCAAGGCCCAAAAGUGGAAGACUGAUGACAAACAAUUGUAAUGUGAACAUCAAGAUUUGGUGGAAGGAAGUUUUGUGA